AUGGAUUCUGAACUGGCUCUGGCGAUUGCCCUUUCCCUGCAAGAGGAAAAGGAGCGACAACAACAGGCGGCCAAGGUAGCGGAGUGGCCGCCUCUGUUCGAAGUGCAAUGCUGCCGGACGUCCUUCUUCAGCCUCACCGCGCUCGAGGCGAAGACAACGCCCGCCGAGGAGGACAUCAAGACAACUACCGAGAGCGCACCAUCGCUGCCGCCCAAGCGAACCAGGCACGACAUCAACGUGGGACCCAGUAGGGGUCGGAGCUUGGCCAUCAAGCCGACGGUGGGCACCUUUGGGCGCUACCACAACCGGAUGCUCCUCCACUGCGGCCUGGCCGACUCCGCGGGCCGGGUGUACAACUUUGACGAGUCGGGGUGCCACGUCGACAGCGAUUGGCACGAGAGCAUCAGCAUCCCCGUGGCCGCGCCGCACCUGAGCGACGAGCAGUGGGACGCCGAGCUGGACCGACACCACAAAGCGGAGCUGACGUUCAAGGCCUAUCGGCCGUACAAACAGCUGCAGAACAACUGCUACGACUACGUCAUCCGCUUCCUCAAUGGGGUCAAGUUCGAGGGCCGCAAGAACCACCAGAAGGAGGACAUCGUGACACGGUUCAUUCAGGCGCCAAUCGACCUCUUCGAGGGCUAUUUCAGUGUGCGGCAGAAGCUCGACUCGCGGGAGGCGCAGCAGCAGGGCUACAUCAAGCUGGACAGCCUUGUGCAAGGUGGGCCGCGCCACACGUGCGACGGGUGUGGGCAACUGAUCUCCCUCGACGAUACGCGGCACCGCUGCACGGUGUGCAAAGAAUUCGACUUGUGCUCUGGCUGCAAGGACGUCGAGGUGGGACAACACAAGCGCGACCACCCGACACUCGCUGUAGCGGAGAGAGCCCGAUUCACCUGUGAUGGGUGCCGCAACACGAUCACGACUUCCCACCACCGCUGCUUGGAAUGUCCCGACUUUGAUCUCUGCGGCGAGUGCCACUCGACCAAGAAGGGCGUGGGCUCCACCCACACCAAGCACCACCGCACUCUCCGCCUCUAG